CCAAAACCAAAAACACUUAGUUUGCUUUCAACAACAACACAACAGUAGUAAUUGUACACAACUGCCAAACAUUUAACAAUAUAGAUAAAACUCGUGAUUAAUAAUAAUACUACAAAUACUAAUAAUAAUUUAUAUAAUAAUUUAUUAAAUUAUCAUCAUGAUGAAUACAACCUCUCCGGAGACAUCCACCUCUCCACCACCAAUAAUACUCUCCAACAGUCAUGAUUCCAACAAUAUUAUUAACACAACAAACCCCACUUCAAUAGAAUUGGCUUCAACUUCAUCCUCUCCUCCACUACAACAACAACAACAACCAACCACUCAACAACAAUAUCAAUUUACACCACCAAACACAAAUACAUUCAUUACCAGCAAUCCUAAUAAUCCCAACAAAACAAAUGGUGGAACAAGUAUCACUGGUAAUAUUAAUAAUAAUAGUAAUGGAAAGAAACAAGUUACGAUUCAAUCUGGUAGUGCUGUGAAUGGUAAUACGAAACUUGGACAAUCUCAAGUAGGUUUUGGACAACCAAGUGAAAGUGGUAAAUCAGGUAGUUCAUUUAGUCAGAGUAAAAUUACUUUACGUACAUGUUGUGGUGUGGUUGAGUUGACUUCAAUGAAAUUGGCUUGUUUAUUGGGAAUGUUGGUUACUGUCAUUGGUUUGUUGGUUUUGGCAGGUGUUGCAAUUGCUGCAUUUGCAACUGCUAGUACAAAGGCAACUGAUAUUUUAAUUGCUGUUGGAAAGGUCACUUCUCUAUUCGAAAGUUCAAAUGCUGUGGUGUUGAAACAUGUCUAUACAGGAUAUGUUGAUGAACCAAGUCACUCAGCUGUGAUUAAUGAAUUUAAAAACAAGACUGCUGAUAUGAAAUCAACUUUACUUUUAAUUUUCAAAACUGUGGAUGACAAGUCAAUUCAAACUUUAUUCAAUUCUACAGCUAUUGAAGCUUCUAAUAUGGUAGUAUCUUUGAAUAAUCAAGCAUUGAUAAUGCUGAAAACUCAACCAGAAGAUUCAAUUGAAAAGAUUAGUUCUGAUUAUUUCUAUUCUGAAAAAGCAAUUUUCCAGUCAGGUCUGGAUAAAUUAGUUGCCUUUAUACAAAACAGAGAAAAGGAAAAGGAUUCACAAGUAUUGGGUAUUACAUUGGUACAAUUGAUUGUUAUUGCAAUUUCACUAUUUGUCAUUAUGCCAAUCAUUGUCUUUGUUUUUACCUAUGCUAUUAAUCGUGAUUCUUUAUAUUUGGAAAAGAUUCGUCGUGCCAAUGCAAUCAUGUUAAUGGACACAAUGGAAGAUGAUGGUUUGAGAGCUCUUUUUAAGGUUCAUUGUGAAAAGGAAAAGUCAAUUGAAAAUUAUUUACUUCUUGAAAAGAUUCAAUAUUAUAGAACGUUAUGUGAACGUUCAAUUGACUUGCAAAUGAGAUUAUUUGGACAAGAAAAUAAUGCAUUGAGUGAUAUUUCGAGUGAUAUUUCAGCAGAGUCAGCUCAAUCAUCAAAGAAGAAGAAGGAAUCUCCACUUGAAAGGGAAUAUGCAGAAGUUGAAGCCAAAAAGUAUGAAGUUGCUUUUGAAAUAUUUACUGAAUUCUUGGAAGUGACUGGUGAUAUGGCUGUCAAUAUAUCACAUGUUUUGGUGGAUUCUGUUAAGGAUAAGUUGGACAAAUUCAAUGAUAAGCAAAUUGAAACUCUUCCAGAAGAUAUGUUUAACAUUUUGGAAAAGGAAACAUGCCUCGUUAUGAUGGAUACUCAUCACAGAUUCAAGCAAUCUCUUGCUUUCCAACGUGAAAUGAAGAUUGACAAGAUUAAGGUUGACAAAUUGAAAAAGAAGAAGGGAAAUGAAUUUUAAUUUGAUUCAAAAAGAAAAAUAAAUAAUUUAAAUAAGUA